CAAUUACUGAGGCAAAUGAGAAAUUGAUCAGCUCUGGGGAUGCACAAGCCUCAGUGUGGCAUCAACCUGGGAAAAACGCUGACAUAUCCAACAUUCAUUCAAAUGUGUACAUUUCAGUGAGAGGAAAUAGAAUAUAAACAAGGAAGCAGUGAUAUGUCCCAUAGAGAAAAAUACAGCGGGGAGAGGAGAGAACAUCGGGGAAGAUGGCCACAGUCUUACAGUAGGUACUCUGGGAAGAUAACGUUUGAGCAAAGAGCCUUGUGGAUAUGAGUCAGGCGGAUGAUACAAGUGUGAUGUGUUAACACUGCCUGAUUGAAGAGGCUUUCAGUAAGAGAUGCUAAUUUUAUCAGUGUAAUUUAGAGCACUGUUUCUCCUAGGCCUGUGCAGUGUAUCACGUAGGCAUGUUUCUGGCUACGGAAGGAAACAGCAGUUCGAAUAGUAAGCCCCAGAAAACCCGGAAAAGGGGCUUUGCAUUUCUAAACUUGGUGUCACCUGUGAAAGGUGUCUUCCAGAGGUUGGCGUUUUUCAAAAGAGUCCGCUGGCCUGCAUCCGCACCACCAGAGAUGCUUGUUUAAAAAAACUCGGGAACCAGAAAUCUGCACUUUCCAGCCCUAGGCCGAUGCAGUUCCAGAAUGAAUUCCCUGGAGCGAACCAAUUGUGAGUAUCCGGCCAGUUUACACAAGAGCUGCUCACUUCCGGUCGGCGCCUUAACGUCAUCAAGCAGAGCCGAAAGUGCCCCAGCGCUGCCUAGGAGACAGGACGCGGGGCCUGCGGCUGACUGCUUGGCCCGGCGCGCCCACUCGGUCGCCAUGGAGCUGCCCCCAGGGUCACGCGACGAUCCCAACGCCUGGGACGACGACUCGGAUGAGGAGCCGGAGCCUGACCCAGAUGCGCAGGCAGAGGCUUACGUGGCCCGCGUGCUCAGUCCACCGAAACUCGGGCUGGCGCCCCUGCGUUCCCCUCCGCUGUCCGCGCCCGCCGCGGCCCCUGGUGCCCUGGAGCUGCGGGCCGCGUCCAAGGGCCCGGCCAUGGGGGUCCCGGGCCUGCUGAGCCUUCCCCCGGAGCUGCUGCUCGAGAUUUGCGCCUACCUGGACGCGCGCCUCGUGCUCCACGUCCUGCCGCGCGUGUGUCACGCGCUGCGCGACCUUGUGCGUGACCAUAUCACCUGGAGGCUACGCGCGCAGCGCCGCCUACGCGCACCCUAUCCAGUGGUGGAAGAGGAGGACUUUGACUGGCCGGCAGCCUGUAUUGAGCUGGAGCAGCACUUGUCACGCUGGGCGGAGGAUGGGCGCUGGGCUGAGUACUUCUGCCUGGCUGAUGGGCACUUUGCUUCCAUUGACUCAGUGCUGCUCUUCCAGGGUGGAACACUCUGUCUGUCGGGCUCCCGAGAUCGCAAUGUCAACCUGUGGGACCUGCGGCAGCUUGGGGUGGAACCCAGCCGAGUUCUGGUCAAGGCCCUUGGCACCCAGAAGAACAGCACCCAUAAGGGUUGGGUGUGGUCACUGGCAGCGCUGGACCACCGAGUAUGCUCCGGUUCCUGGGACAGCACAGUGAAGCUCUGGGACAUGGCAGCUGAUGGGCAGCAGUUUGGCGAGAUAAAGGGCAAGGCAGCUGUGCUGUGCCUUUCCUACCAGCCUGACAUCCUGGUGACUGGCACCUAUGACAAGAAGGUGACAGUCUACGACCCCAGAGUCGGCCCGGCCCUGCUGAAGAGCCGGCGGCUGCACUCGAGUGCGGUGCUGGCAUUGCUGGCAGAUGACCGGCACAUCAUCUCGGGCAGUGAGGACCACACCCUCGUGGUGUUUGACCGCCGGGCCAACAGUGUCCUGCAGCGGCUGCAGCUGGACUCCUACCUGCUCUGCAUGUCCUACCAAGAGCCCCAGCUCUGGGCUGGUGACAACCAGGGUCUGCUGCAUGUCUUUGCCAACCAGAAUGGCUGCUUCCAGCUUGUCCGGUCCUUUGAUGUGGGCCACAGAUCUCAGAUCACAGGGAUCAAACACACGCUGGGGGCCUUGUACACCACAUCCACCGAUAAGACUAUCCGGGUGCACGUGCCCACAGACCCACCAAGGACCAUCUGCACCCGAAGCCACGAUAACGUGCUGAAUGGGAUCUGUGCUGAGGGCAACCUGGUGGUGGCUGCCUCUGGGGGCCUGUCGUUGGAAGUCUGGAGGCUACAGGCCUGAGCUGGCAGACAUGGAUAUGGAUGUGGAUCUACUGGCCGGCAGGCUGGGUCAAGGCCUCUGUUCUCGGGGGACCCUCCCCUUUUCUGGUGCUGCCCCUGCUGAGCCCCACAGGCCUGAGGCACAAGGACCCCUGGCCACUGUCGAGUGGGGUCCCUGAUCUGUGCCCCAUACCAGGGAAGGUGAGGUUGGUGUUCCAGCCUACCCUCAGGUCCUGUUUAAGAUUUGGACACCUGCUUUCCCUUGAGAGUGAAGGGUAAAUAAACCUGACAUACUGGU